UGAUGAUCAAGUGCUCGUUCGUAUCGCGGAUUAGUUGGUAUUCGGAUUUUUGGUGCAGAUUUUUUUAAAAUUAUUUUGGUGUUUUGUUCAAACAAAGUUCUAGAUUCAUGCCUACAUAUUUUCUAGCAAAAAUAUUUCACACAAAAGCAUAACACUCGAUCGUUCGAGAUGAUGUGGUUGACGUUUGGUCUCUUUGGAUUAUUAUUUUCGAGCAUAAUUACAAUAGUUCAUGGAUCACCCUGCGAUUUCGUCGAUUCGAUUAACAUCAAUGACGGAGAAUUGCAGUCGAAUAACAGCAUCGUAUUCAAUGGUAUCGAAUAUCCGCCGAAUCAAUAUUUCAGCCACACUGUCAAUCACACAGAUGGAAGUGAAGGUGUCGGAUUGCGUGGAUGUAUUUGUAACAUCAGAAAAUGUAUUCGACUUUGCUGUCCACACGGAUCAUUUACAAUAAGCAUGAAAAAGGAAGAGGUGAAAUGCGAACAAAACGAAAAAGCACGGAAUUUGCAGACCGAGGUGCGCGAUGAAAAUGGUCAAACAAAAAUUCAAAAUUUAGAUCAACAUUUCGGAUACGUCGAUCGUAUUUGCAAUUGGUAUUAUACUCCGGAGCCAGAAGACUUUGUCAUUACACAUACAGGAGACGUUCUGGCAGAAAAUCAAACAUACAAUCAUCGCGAAUACUGCAUCAAAGUCUCAUCCAACGAAACGAAAGGAAUCUAUUUAGAGGCAAAAAUAUGCUUGCCAAACGAUGAGAUAAAAGAUCCUCCACCUGUGCCCGCAAGUUUUUCCUAUUUGCCUUAUGUGCUAUUCACAUCGAUUCCAUUCUUGAUCGUCACAUUUCUGGUCUACAUUUGCAUAUCCGAGCUGCGUAAUUUGCAUGGCAAAUGCUUCCUUUGUUACUUGGUUUGUUUGAUGGCGAUGUACAUUCUCCAAGCUUUGGAGCAACUCAAUGGCACGGACUACGUUGAUGAGACCAUGCGUAAAAUAAGGGCCACUCUCUUGUAUUUCGCAACUUUCUCAGCUUUUCUGUGGUUAAACGUGAUCAGUUUCGAUUUGUGGUCAAGCUUCCGGGUUGAACCAAAUUCAGAAAGAAAGCGGUUCAUAUUGUACAGCCUGUAUGCUUUUGGUGGAUCGUUGCUUGUGAAUAUUGUUGGCCAUGUAAUGGAUGCAAUCGAUGGGCUACCGGAUUACCUACAGCCAGGCAUUGGCACCGAUUCGCUCUUUCUCAAAGAAAAUUUUACAUCACGAAUCAUUUUCUACUACGGGCCACUUUGCAUCAUUGUCACAGUGAAUCUUCUGUUCACGAUUCUAACUGCAAUGAAAAUUUUCGAAAUUCAAUGGGAUUUGAAGAAAAUGACAUUGCAAGUCAAACGUAACGAACUUGAAAAAGGGGUAAAACACCAAACGGAUAGUUAUCUAUUGUACAUACGAUUGUUCAUCGUAACUGGGGUCACCUGGAUCGCUGAAGCAGUCUGGUUUCUUGCGAAUAAUGAUCUCGUUUUCUCCGCAAUGGAUAUUAUCAAUUGUGCACAAGGAAUUCUCAUUUUCGUAUUAUUCGUGUUGACACCUCGAGUCUUCCGUUUAAUUAAGAAGAGUUGGCAAACUUAUUUGGACAGACAUUCUACUGAUCAAAGUGUAAGAACAAACACCAAUGCAUCCACAGAAACAACAAUUUAAACAGAUACACCAACAAUCAAAGAUGACAAUUUUCUCAAAUCGAACGAAAGAAACUAUUGUUAAUUUCUUAGUUAGGAAGGAAGACAAUUUUCUCUCACAAAAUUAAUAUACACUUACUUUAACCUAUUUCAAAAUAAA